CGAUAAGGUAAUCACAAGUGGCGUUGAUAUAACAUUUCUGUUUUUCACUUGAUCCAUUUAGUCUCGAUUACAAUGAAACUUCUUCUUGUUUUUCUUGCAGUGGCUGUAAACUCAGUUUCAGUGUAUACUGAGACGUGUGAAACGGUCCAAAAUUGCACUGUGACAGGGUGUAACACGGGUGGAAAUCUCGUGUGCGAUUUCGACGGACAAUGCACAUGUGAAACCUUCCAUAAGUGUACGGACGGUGAAAAUGUUGGAAUUCAGUGUUUUAGCGCCAGGUCUUGCAGAGGCUGGUACGAUUCGUCCACUGAACACAAGUGCGACUGCGCGAACACUCACAGUCUUCACUGUGUCGACGGAAUAUGCAAAUGCGGAUAUCCAUCAAGCUGAAAGAAUCUGCGAUUCCGAAAGUGCAGGCCAUUUGAAACAAUAAUGAACGACGAGAAAGAAAUCUACCAUUAAGACCUUUUCGUCAAAUGAGUCCUUUUUUAAUCUGAUACUACCAUUAUUUCGUUCACUGGAAAUAAAGUAUGCAUAACUAUUAA